AUGGCUGAUCCCACCGGCCUCAUCGCCAACUCUGGCAUUGAGCUUUUGACCUUUGGCACCCCCAACGGCGUCAAGGUUUCCAUUCUCCUCGAGGAGCUCAAGGAAGCCUACGGCAAAGACUACACGGUGCAGACGGUGCACAUUGGCAAGAACAUCCAGAAGCAGCCGUGGUUCACGGCCAUCAACCCAAACGGGCGCAUCCCGGCCAUUGUCGACCACGACCGCAACGGCUUCGCCGUCUUUGAGGGCCUGCCCAUCCUGACCUACCUCGUCCGCCACUACGACCCAGAGCACCGCUUCAGCUUCCCCGUCGACUCAGACGACUACUCCGUCGCCGAGCAGUGGAUCGCCUGGCAGCACGGCGGGUUGGGGCCCAUGCAAGGCCAAGCCAACCACUUCAUCCGGGCCGCCCCCGAGAAGAUCCCCUACCCCAUCCAGCGCUACGUCGGCGAGUCCGAGCGGCUCUACGGGGUGCUCAACACGCGGCUCGCGGACCGCGACUGGGUGGCGGGCCCCGGGCGCGGCAAGUACAGCAUCGCCGACAUCAGCCUGGUCGGGUGGGUGAACGCGGCCGUGUACGGCGGGCUGGACCUGGCGGGCCAGUUCCCCCACGUGCGCGCGUGGCUGGACCGCGUGCUGGCGCGCCCCGCCGUGGAGAAGGGGUUCUUGGUUCCCGGCGGCGAGCCGUGGAAGAUCUCGGUCAAGAGUUUGGAGGGCGCGUUAAAGGGCGAGGAAGGGCUGGAGGAGUUGAAGAAGAGCGUGGAGGAGGCGAGGACGUUGGUGGAUGAGGCGAAGGCGAAGUAUGGGUAUAACGCCAUGAAGCGGAAAUUGGACAGCAAAGACGAGCCCGUUGCGGCCACGUCUAAACCCGAGCCCAAGCCUGCCAAAGCCGAGAAACCAUCCACAGAGGCCGAACCCUCCUUCGCCGAACUUGGCCUCGACCCGCGCCUCGUGCAGGCCGUCGCAAAGCAGAGCUUCGAGAAGCCAACCCUCGUCCAACGCAAGGCCAUCCCGCUUGCUUUACAGGGGCAGGAUGUCUUGUGCAAAGCCAAGACAGGAUCGGGGAAGACCGCCGCCUACGUGCUCCCAGUCCUCUCCGCCAUCCUCAAGCGCAAGUCUACGGACCCAGCUCCCUUUACCGCUGGCUUAAUCCUUGUCCCGACCCGCGAGCUCGCCGACCAAGUCUUCAAAGCGAUCGAGCAAUUCUCCGCCUUCUGCGCCAAAGACAUCCACGCCGCCAAGCUGACCGAGAACGUGUCGGACGCGGUACAGCGGUCGCUCCUAGCCAACGUACCCGACAUCGUCGUAUCGACGCCCGCCCGCGCAUGGCACAGCGUCAACUCGUCGGCGCUCUCCCUCUCCCAACUGCAGUACCUGGUGCUGGACGAGGCCGACCUCGUGCUAUCGUACGGCUACGACGAGGACAUGGAGAACAUCGCGCGCGCGUUGCCCAAGGGCGUGCAGACCACCAUGAUGAGCGCGACGCUUUCGGCCGAGCUCGACACCCUCAAGGGCAUCUUCUGCCGCAACCCGACCGUACUGGACCUGCAGGAGGAGUUUGGCGCCGAGGACGAGAAGCUGACGCAGUUUUAUGUCAAGUGCGCCGAGGACGACAAGUGGCUCGUCUCGUAUCUGGUCUUUAAGCUGCAGCUGAUCAAGGGGCCGUGUCUGAUUUUUGUGGCGGAUAUCGAUCGAUCGUAUCGGUUGAAGUUCAGCAUCAGGAGUUGCGUGUUGAACUCGGAACUCCCGAUCAACACCCGGAUCAAGAUUAUCGAGGAAUUCAACCGGGGUAUCUACGACAUCAUCAUCGCCUCGGACGAGAAGAGCGAAGUGUUUGGGGAUGCAGCUGCGGAUGCAGAAGCGGAAAAGGAGCCCAAGAAAAAGUCGAACAACGAGGAGGAUGGCGCAGAGCAACCAAAAAAGAAGCGGAGGCAACAAAAGAAGGAUGAGGAAUACGGCGUAUCACGAGGACGCACUGCUCGAGCCGGCCGUGCUGGUAUUGCACUCUCCUUCGUCAUCCCUAAAGAAUUCCACGGCAAGCACAGGCCAACCGCAAUCAAGAGCACUGAGAAGGACGAGAAGGUGUUGGCCAAGGUCACCAGACAACAGGAGAAGCUUGGCCGGAAGCUGGAGCCAUACAACUUCAACAAGUCGCAGAUGGAGGCCUUCCGAUACCGCAUGAAUGAUGCGUUGCGUGCCGUCACCAAAGUGGCGAUCCGGGAGGCUAGGACGAAAGAAUUGCGGCAAGAGCUUCUGAGAAGUGAGACGCUAAAACGCUACUUUGAAGAGAACCCCACCGAACUGUCCCAUCUGCGCCACGACGGAGAGCUGGGUCGAACAACACGACAACAACCCCAUCUCAAGCACGUGCCAGACUACUUACUUCCGAAAGACGGGAAAAAGGCAUUGGCCUCGGAGCACGUCGGAUUCGUUCCGUUCAAGAAGGAGGGUGGCAAGGACAGGAAACACAGGAAAGGGAAACCCAAGGGGCGGUCGUUCAGGGUGGGCGGGAAAAAGGAUCCGCUCAAGACCUUCAAGGAAUCAUUGCCCGACAUCAGCCAGAUGCUCUGUAACGCCGGCAGCGCCGGGGCUCAGCGCCACACACCUCCCGCCGGGGACACCGCCGACUGGGAUACCUGUGGGAAAGACGCAGAUGUAGGAGAGGAUCUGCUCGCGGAGCUCGGGGGGGGGGAGAUGGAAGAAGUAUUCGAGCCCGUAUGCUGGGGUUCUCGCGGCCACCACGCGCUACCGCCAGCCGAUGACAACCCUUUUAGCCGGCGCCGCGCUCGAGGAGAAUACAAUCUCCGGCAACGGCGCCGGCUAGGGGACCCCCCCAUCUAUCUCGCGUAUGGCAACCAGGUCCAGGCGAGGCCGCCGGCGGCAAACCCCCCCCCAUCUUUCCUCGCCAAGGGCGAGCCGGAAUGGCGAGCCGACGAAGGCCGGCGCAAGGCCCAGUAUCCGAGGCGGUCCAUGGUAACCACCAUCCGGAACCGUACCGCCCUGCCUGCUCAUGUUUCUAGCUUGAGCCAGCAGAGCUCGACCCGCGGCUACAUGGCUGCCCAUGAGGAGUCCCCUCGGGAAGGCUCAUAA